UCACAGGUUUCCCUUACAACUUGUUCCCAACGACAUGGCUCUCUUCAGCAGGAAGAAACGGCAGGACGAAAAUGCAGACAACAGCCAGGAUUCAACCACUGAACGGAAAAAAGAAAAGGGUGGCUGGAGAAGGCCAGCAAAUACCGCUUUCAAGCAACAGCGGCUGAAGGCCUGGCAACCCAUUCUGACACCAAAAACGGUUCUCCCGACAUUUUUUAUCAUCGGCAUACUCUUUGCGCCAAUAGGUGGUUUGCUUAUAUGGGGCAGCAGUCUGGUAUCGGAAAUGACCUUUGAUUACACCGAUUGUUCAAACUUGACACCCCAGUCGCCCAGCUCGACCUUGAAUUAUGUCGACAUGCCCACAUAUUCUUACAAUCUUCGUUCAUCAGACUCUGGGAAGAGCAUCCAAGCACCUCAGUAUGCUUACGUUGUCGACUCAAAUGCUCCUCUGAAUCAAACUCAACAAUGUCACAUGCAAUUCUCCGUCGUUUCUGAUCUCGGGCCUUCGGUGCUAAUGUACUAUAAGCUUACAAAUUUCUUCCAAAACAAUCGGCGCUAUGUGCAAAGCUUGGACAGCAAUCAGCUGCAGGGUAAAUACGUCAGCGCAAACAGUCUCAGUUCCGGAAAUUGCAAGCCUCUCGCAGUGACGUCAGAUAACAAGGUUAUUUACCCGUGUGGUCUUAUUGCCAACUCGCGUUUCAACGAUUCUUUCUCUGGUUUAACCUUGCUUAACCCAUCCCCAAACGUUGCUUCGAUAUUUAAUUUCACAGAUAAUGGUAUCGCUUGGCCAGGCGAAGCGAAAAAAUAUGCAGCUGCACCUGGCUACCCGCUUGAUCAGAUUGUACCUCCUCCGAACUGGAUGGCACUGUACCCUAACAACUACACAAAUUCCAGCCCUCCACCGGAUUUAAGUACCGACUACCAUUUCCAGAAUUGGAUGAGGACAGCUGGUUUGCCUACUUUCACAAAAUUGUACGGGAGGAAUGAUACAAGCGUGUUGGCCGCUGGUCGUUACGAAGUUGUUGCAUAUAUGAACUUCCCCGUUCAGGGAUACAAGGGAACGAAGGCAUUGGUCAUCUCAACAGUAUCAUGGAUAGGAGGUAAAAACCCCUUCCUUGGAUGGGCAUACGUUGCAACAGCGAGCCUUUUCGUCUUUCUCGCACUUGCUGGUACUGUGCGACACCUCAUUAAGCCAAGGCGCCUGGGAGACAUGUCGCUUUUAUCUUGGAAUCGAUAGAUUAGAAGUUGUCAUUAUUGGAUGGACAAUGUCAUGUAUUGGAAUCUAUGACCUCUCUUUGUAAUACAUCAAUCACAUAACUUAUUUAACGUGGGGAACAUCCUUCAAGUCCAAUCUAACUAGGAUGUAUUGCAUCCACGUCAAUAUCUUCGUAAUA